AUGAAUUCAAGCGGUGAACAUCUUUUGACAACGCAAAUUUCCGAAUCAAAUUCUGGUACAUGUUUCCGCUGUUGUGAGACUUGCGAAGAACUCUGCAUUAGGGCUAUUCAUCCUUUCAGAAGUUGUCGCAUGUGUUACAAUUGUUCAAAAGGUUGUAGGAAUUUCGAUUAUUCGAUUCACAGAGAUUUAAGUGAGGCGAUCAAGGAUCUUAAAAAAGUGAUGAAAAAAAUUGAUAUUCCUGCAACGAUUACCAAGAAAGAGCACACUGACAACAACAACAUAUUUCAACACAUUUGGUCUUGUGUCAACUUUAUCAAGCCGCUAUUGAGUGCGAGAAGAUCAAGUGGAAUAAUGAAAUGGACCUCGUCCGGAAAUCCAUCGACUGGAAGGAUGCUAGGCCGUAUUCCCCCCCUCCCGCUUCCGAGCAGUUGGGAUAAUGAUCAACCGAAUUUUUAG